AUGCUCCCCUACGACCAGAUCACCACCCAGCUCGAAUGGCUGCAGAACCUCUCCAUCCCGCCCGUCGCGCCAGAGGGACUCCAGCACAAGUCGCUUCGCAAGACCUCGAUCAUCGCUACCAUCGGCCCCAAGACCAACUCGCCCGAGAUGAUCCACAAGCUCCGCAUGGCCGGUGUUAACGUCGUCCGUAUGAACUUCUCGCACGGCUCGUACGAGUACCACCAGUCCGUCAUCGACAACACCCGCAAGGCUGUUACCAUGGGUGAGGGUCGCCCGGUCGCUAUCGCCCUCGACACCAAGGGCCCCGAGAUCCGUACCGGCAACAUGCUCAACGAUGCCGACAUCAAGAUUAACGCCGGCCACCGCAUGAAGUUCUCGACGAAGCCGGAGUACGCCGACAAGUGCGACGACAAGGUUAUGUUUAUCGACUACAAGAACAUCACCAAGGUCCUCGAGCCCGGCAAGCCCAUCUUUGUCGACGACGGCAUCCUCUCGUUCAACGUCAUCUCGAUCGGCACCGAUGAGGUCGAGGUCGAGGCCGUCAAUAACGGCACGCUCUCGUCUCGCAAGGGUGUCAACCUCCCCGGCACCGAGGUCGACCUCCCCGCCCUCUCGCAGAAGGACAAGGACGACCUCCUCUUCGGUGUCAAGAACGGCGUCGACAUGAUCUUUGCCUCGUUCAUCCGCCGCGGACAGGAUGUCAAGGACAUUCGCGCGCACCUCGGCGAGGCGGGCAAGAACAUCAAGAUCAUCGUCAAGAUCGAGAACUUGCAGGGUGUCGCCAACUUUGACGAGAUCCUCCGCGAGACGGACGGCGUCAUGGUCGCCCGUGGUGACCUCGGUAUCGAGAUCCCCGCGUCGCAGGUCUUCAUGGCGCAGAAGAUGAUGAUCGCCAAGUGCAAUCUCGCCGGCAAGCCCGUCAUCUGCGCGACCCAGAUGCUCGAAUCGAUGACCUACAACCCGCGCCCGACCCGCGCCGAGGUUUCGGACGUCGCCAACGCUGUCCUUGACGGCGCCGACUGCGUCAUGCUCUCCGGCGAGACCGCAAAGGGCUCGUACCCCAUCCAGGCCGUCGAGAUGAUGGCAGAGACCUGCCUCCUCGCCGAGUCGGCCAUCUCCUACCCCGCCCUCUUCAACACCGUCGCCAUGGCUGCCGUCGCCGCUGCCCUCGAGCAGAAGGCCGGCGCCAUCCUCGUCAUGUCGACCUCCGGCAACACCGCCCGCCUCGUCUCCAAGUACAAGCCCCCCUGCCCCAUCAUCACCGUCACCCGCAACGAGCAGACCUCGCGCCAAAUCCACUUGCACCGCGGCGUCUACCCCAUGCACUACCCCCACGAGAAGCCUUCCUCGGACGAGGGUUGGCAAGUCGACAUCGAUAACCGUAUCCGUAGCGGUCUCUCGCGCGCGCUCGAGCUCGGAAUUGUCCGCAAGCGCGACACCGUCGUUGCGAUUCAGGGAUGGAGGAGCGGUCUCGGCUCGACUAACACGAUGAGGAUCUUGUCGGUCCCCGAGGACGACUCGCACUUCGAGCUCCGCCCCGUCGAGUAA